UAUAGUUAUACAUCCGAUAUAUUUAAUAAAAAAUCGUCUCUGUGCUUGUGCAAGAAAAAGGAAAAAAGUUAACUACUCAACGACAUACUAAAUGUAUAUGUACAUAUGCAUAUAUUACGCCAGGAUCCGCAGCAGUCAGCCACCGAUUCUAAUAUGAAAAAAUCGUUCCUAAAGAUGUUGAAGAUAUCAAAGGCACUGAGAUAUUCUUGCUCGCUCAACGAUAUUCAGUCAUUAAGCCGACGUCCUCGCAAGGACGUAGCGUCAACAUCAUCAGCCCAGUAUUUCAAAAGUUACUCUUACUUCAAAUUUGCUAUAAAGCAUCAACACCCGAAGUUCUUGUACGACUAACAGACUUUCCUCCGACGUUGACGAAAAUGAGUCGCAAGAGUACAAUAACGAAAAAACUUUCCAUUAGCAUUAUUGACAGAAUGUCUGCAGCAACCAGACUUCAAUGUUGAUGUUUCAGUUUUGAAAUAAUCAUACAAACAAAAACACAACACACCAUUCCUCUCUACUCUCUCACACACAAAAAAAAACACACAUCGACACACGAUUUACACCUUAAUUUCCAAUAAAGCAUAAAGUAAAAAAAAAACCUAAAAAUUAAGUUAGAAAGAAAAAAAAAUUAUUAUAUACAAUUAUUAUCGUGUAUACUAUGAGUCCGGAAGAGGAAAAAGACCGGGGAGAUAGCUCUCCGACUGCUGUGGGCACAGUCUUCAACAAUCCGAAUUAUCCACUGACCGUAAGCCCCUCGCCCGGUUCGGAGCUCUGUCUGCGCGGCAGCGCGUUGUCGACGCCGACGACGGCUACGGCGGACACGACGACGGCGACGACGACGCAGACGAUAACGACGACUGCGGGAACGACGACGACGCAGACGACCACAGCCAUGAGUAGUGGCAGCGGUAGCACCAGCGGCAGCAGCGUCGUUCCCGCGGACUCGAUAAUACUCAACAAGCAGCAGCAGCAGCAAUCGCCGCAGCAGCAGCUUCAGCAGCGUCAAGCAGAAAAUAUAGUUCCUGAGCAACAAUUAGGGCAACCAUUGUCCGAAAACGAUGUUGAAAAGUUCGACGGUAAAAUAGUUUAUAAUUCCGAUGGUUCAGCUUACAUUAUCGAGGGGGAGAGUGAGUUGAGCGAGGAUGAGUCCUUGCCGGACGGCUGCAUCGUCGACGGCCAGGGUACUUCCAUUUCACACUCACUAGUCAUUCCACAAAUUGCCAAUGCCUAUUACGUAUCUCGGUUUUACGCACACCAAUUGAGCGGCGGCGGCGGCGGAGGCGUCGGCCAGGGCCAGAACAAUCAGCAAUCCAGCAACAAAGCGUCACCAAUCUCAAACUCCGAACUUCCUGUUAUGUAUAGUUAUCGUGUUAUUAACUUUAGAAAUCGCGAGAGAAACUCGUACGUGCAGGCCGCGGCGGCGGCGGCGGCGCAAGCGGCUGCCGCCUCGGCGUCGUCGUCGUCCUCGUCGUCGUCACCCACUAAGGCCUCUUCCGUGCCGGUCAAGCCCAUCCUCAUGUGUUUCAUCUGCAAGCUGAGCUUCGGCCACGCGAAGAGCUUCGUCGCCCACGCACAAAGCGACCACGAGAUCACGCUGCUCGACGACGAGCGCAAGACGCUCGCGGGCUCCACCACGUCGGCCAUCAUACAGCCCGUCGGCAAGAACAAGCAGGCGAUCGUCAGCUUCCUCGAGCCGGUCGUCUCACCCCAGUGCAAUCAGGAGCUGAGACAGCCGAGCUUGUCGAUGCCCAACUCCAACGACGGUAACGAGCAGCUACAGCUCCAACAACAGCAACAGCAGCAGCAGCAAUCGGCAAAGAAGAUGGCAGCGGCAGCAGCCAUGGCGAUGGACCAGAGCGAGAAGAAGUCAAAAUUUUACGAAUCCGAGAACAAGUCUCACGCGUCGCAGAAUAAGUCUAUGAUUAAUGCAACUACUACUACUACUAUUACUACUAAUUUAGCCAAUAGAGACGAUUCCUAUCAUAAGAAACUGAAGCAGAAUCAACAGCAAGGUUAUUCGAACGAGGGCCUGGGCGUCGGGUCCUCGUGGUCAAUGGUUCCUGAUAAGCUCGCGUCGAGCGUCAUGGGCAACUCGCCCACGGCCGUCUCGCAAGCGCAGCAGCAACAGAUGCAAGCCUCGCUGAUGAAGGCCGCCACGCAGAGCGGCUACGCGAGCAUCGCCCCACCGAACUUCAUCAGCGGCACGACGAUCGGCGUCUGCCCGGAGCACAUGCAGGGUCGGCCCUCGGGCAUCGAGUGCUCCAAGUGCGAGAUCAUCCUGGCGAACUCGCGGCUGCCCACCGUGAGCGGCUCGCUCACCGGCAUCCACUCGCGCAACUCCUGCAAGACCCUCAAGUGCCCCAAGUGCAACUGGCACUACAAGUACCAGGAGACCCUGGAGAUACACAUGAAGGAGAAGCACCCCGAGGCGGAGACCUCGUGCAUCUACUGCAUCGCGGGGCAGCCCCAUCCGCGCCUGGCCCGCGGCGAGACAUACACCUGCGGCUACAAGCCCUAUCGCUGCGAGGUCUGCAACUACUCCACCACGACCAAGGGCAAUCUCAGCAUACACAUGCAAAGCGACAAACAUUUGAACAACAUGCAAGAGCUGCAGCAGGGCAACAGCAACGUGAUGAGCCAGUCGCCGCAGCAGGACUCGCCGCACAUGCAGUCCCCCGGUGGCCAUCAGCAGCAGCAGAACUCCAUGAUGGCCAAUCAGGUCGCCAAUCACAUGAAACCCAAGCCCAUGUUUCGUUGCGACGCCUGCAACUACGAGACCAAUGUCGCGCGCAAUUUACGUAUUCACAUGACCAGCGAGAAGCACACCCAUCACAUGCUGAUACUGCAGCAGAACAUCAAGCACAUGCAGUCGCUCUCCGUGUUGCAGCAGCAGCAACAGCAGCAGCAGCAGCAACAACAGCAGCAGCAGCAGCAACAACAACAGCAGCAACAACAGUCGCACCAAAAGAAGUCACCCAGUCAACCGACUCAAGCCCAGCUUCAACAGCAGCAAUUCGAUCAGAUAAUGAGCGGUGGAUUUGGCAGCAAGGCGGCCCAGCCGACCGAGGCCGCCCUCGCCGACAUGGCCUACAAUCAGGCCCUGCUGAUCCAGCUGAUGACGGGUGGCACUCUGCCGCACCUCGGCAACGACCUCGUCGGCAGUCUCAAUCUCAACGCCCUCGCGGGCCUCGGCAAUCCGGACAUCGGCAUUCUGCCCGAGAGCAUGGAGCCACCGCCCGAGCCCUCGGAUCCGAAUCCCGGCCACACCUAUCAGUGCUGCAUCUGCAACAAGUUCGAGACGGAUUCGCUCGAGGAGCUGGGCAUCCAUCUGACCCAGGACCGCACGAAGAUCCCCGAGACCGAGAUUCUCAACAACAUCGCCGGCUACUUCAUCUGCAAGCUGUGCUCGUACAAGACCAAUCUCAAGGCCAACUUUCAGCUGCACUGCAAGACGGACAAGCACCUGCAGCGACUCCAGCACCUGAAUCACGUCAAGGAGGGCGGACCGCGCAACGAAUGGAAGCUCAAGUACCUCUCGGCCCCGACCAUUUCCGCACAAAUACGCUGUCACGCCUGCGACUAUUACACGAAUAGUAUUCAUAAAUUAGCUUUACACGCCUCGUCGCCCAAGCACGAGGCCUCGACGAUACUGCUGCAGCAUCUGCUCGAGGCCGGCUCCACGGUCGGCUCCAACUCCAAGAUCUAUCAGUGCACGCUGUGCGGCUUCAACGCCAAGUCCCGCCUCUAUCUUCUCCAGCACGUCAAGUCCAUGAAGCAUCUGCAGAUGGAGCAGAUACGCCAGCUGCAGGCCAGGUCCGAGAUGAAGGAGUCCGACUGCCUGCAGACGGACAUCGCCGAGAUCUUUCAGGUGCUGCCCGAUCCGGACGAGGCGCGCGGCAUGAACAUCGACGCCAACGAGGACAUGCAGCAGACCACUCCAAAAAAUACCGAAAGAUGCGAAAGUUCCUUAGACGGGAGUAGCGAUAUAAAGCGAGAAAUGGAGCAAGACAAUGACAAUGACCAAGAUAACGACACGGAGGACGAGAAGUGCUCCAAUUACGCAUUCCCGCCGCAGACGUCAGCCGACCUUACGCGCAACUUCCUCAUGACCCAGCGCGAAGACAGCAACGAAGACAUAAGUCAAUACAAAGACAAUUACGAUUCCGAGCUCGUGUGUCCCCUGUGCCAAGACAAUUUCAAGCAUCGCACGCUGCUCGAGAAGCACGUCAUGCAGAUCCACUCGGUCAACACCGACGGGCUGCAGCGUCUGCUGGCCCUGGUCAAUCAGAGCCACUGGCUGAACAUCGUUCCGCGCAACACCAGCAACGAGAGCAGCAGCGCCGGCGGCGGCGGCGGCGUAGGCGAGUCGCCGUGCAGCACACCCACCGCGACCGCCAGCGCGGCUCAGAAGACGAGCGGCGGCGGCAGCGAGGAAGACGUCAAGGCCGUCGACAUGAUGAUGGCCACGGACGACAUCAACAGCGAUUCGCACUUUCUCAAGUGCAAUUAUUGCCAGAGCGAGUACCGCACGCCCGAGGAGCUGCAGCAGCAUCAGCGCGAGGCGCACUCCUCCGCGACGGUCGUGCCCAAUCUCGCCGUGAGCGAGAAGCACGUCUACAAGUAUCGCUGCGGUCAAUGUUCCUUAGCUUUCAAAACGUUCGACAAGCUGCAGCAGCACUCCCAGUAUCACGCGAUACGCGACGCCACCAAGUGCGGCACCUGCUUUCGGUCCUUUCGCUCGAUCCAAUCUCUCAAUCGCCACCUCGAGACAUGUCAUGCAGAGAUGCCCAUAGACGACGAGUUGGCCUCCGCAGCCUCGACGUCGCCCUUCAACAAGCACCUCGCCGCUCAGAUGAUGUCGCCUGGCUCGCUAUUCCAGCGUGCCAUGAGCGAAGAGCAGCUGCGCCAACAGCAACAGCAGCAGCAAGACGACCUGCCCAACGAGCUCUACCUAGACGAGGACGAGAAGAACGAUGACGAGGACGGCGACGGCAACGACACCAGCGCCUUGAUGAAAGAGCAGCGAUUGCUCGAAAACUAUUUGAAUAGCCACUCGGUCGCCGAGGACUUUUACAGCGAUCCCAGCCGCAAGUAUAAGUGCCAUCGCUGCAAGGUCGCCUUCACCCGUCAGUCCUAUCUGUCGAGCCACAACAAGAGUAUCGUUCAUCGCAAGGGCGACAAGAUGCCCUACUCCAUCGAGAAGUAUCUGGACCCUAACAGACCCUACAAGUGCGAUGUGUGCAAAGAGAGCUUUACUCAGAAGAACAUACUGCUGGUGCACUACAACAGCGUCAGCCAUUUGCACAAGCUCAAACGAGCCAUGCAGGAUCAGGGCAACAACAGCGCUGGCUCGUACAUGACUCAAGUAUCUCCGCUCAGCCCGAACGACUCGACCGACGAGCAGAAUGACCAGGACAAGAAGCCUUACAAGUGCAACAUCUGUAAGGUGUCGUAUUCGCAGGGCAGUACCCUCGACAUACACAAGCGCAGCGUACUGCAUCAGACGCGCGCGAGCAAGCUCGAACAGGAUGCGCAACGCCAAUUUCUCGAGCAGCCGUUUGCCAACAAUUCGGCCGUGUAUCAGAAGAACGCCGAAGGCGGUGGACACAUCAAUAUCUGCGGCAAUUGCAACGCCUCCUUCAACAGCCAGGAGCAGCUCACUCAACAUCAGGAGCUCUACUGCAUCUUCAACAGCCCGCUAUCGAUAUUCAAGAAGUUGGCUGCACAGAGCAAUCAGCAGCAGGUGCUGGCCCUGCCGAAAACGCCCUCGCCGUCGGUGUCGUCGUCUGAGAUGCAGGACAAAGCACUGAGCCUACAGCAGACCCUAGCGUCGCAAGAUUUGACAUAUCAAACAAAACCAAAAUCCUCGCAAAUAUACAAGCAUCUUUUGGAGAGCUUUGGCUUCGACUUGGUGAUGCAGUUCAACGAGAAUCACGAGCGCAAGCAGAGAAUGAAGGACGGCGCGGACGACCUGGAGUCGGACUACUCGCCCGAUUCCAAGUUCUCCAUGAACGGUAAGCAGGGCCACGACUUGAGCGUACUGAUGCAGGAUCGCGAGCAGUCCUUCGAUGAGCUCGCCGAGGAAAAGAUCAUUCCGGAGAUCAAGAAGAGCAAGUGUCAGCAUUGUAGCAAAGAAUUCAGCAGCGUCUGGGUACUGAAGGCUCAUUGCGAGGAGGUGCACAAAGACGUCGUUCCUCAGGAAUUUUUGGAAAAGUAUGCUCAACAAUUCAAGUACGAAUACGAGAAGAAAGUGGUCGUUGUGACGGCUGCCACGUCGUCAUCUACUAAUUCGGGACCGGUCAACACCACACCAUCAUCCCAGAUGAACUCGUCGUCGCUGCAGAACGAAAACAACAAUACGAACGAGUCGAAGGAAAAGAACAAUACCACUGAAAACAAUAAGGAUAACAACAAGGCCACCGAACCGAGCUCGACGACUCCGACAACGACGACACCGACCACUUCGGCCUCGACGCCGGUGUUGAGCAGCACCCCCGUAUCGAGCACCGACUCCACGGCAGCGACAAUCCAGUCCAAUGUGCAAAAUCUCUAUCAGCAGCAACAACAGCAGCAACAUAGCCAACAAAGUCAACAGCAACAGCAGCAAUUAUUGGCGCAGCACAUGACCGAGAUGCAGGUCGCGCUGAGCGCGAUGGCCGCCACUCAAUUCCAACAUCAGCUCCAUCAAUAUCCGAGCUUGAUCAUGAGCAUGAUGGGCCUGCCGCUGGGUCUCAACGUGCCCGCCAUCGCGGCCAUGAAUCUUCAACCGCCGCUGGUGCCGGUCAUGCUGCCGUCGCAAUUCGACGGGAAUAACAGUACUUAUCAGUCGAUUGACGCACAAAACGAGCUGCUCGCCAAGCAGAACAUAGCCCUGUGUCAACAGCAACAACAGGCUGCAGCUGCAGCUACAAACGCUGUUUCGUCACAAAAACGGGCUCGUACAAGAAUCACGGACGAUCAAUUGAAAAUUCUAAGAGCACACUUUGACAUUAACAAUUCACCCGGUGAAGAGCAAAUAACAGAGAUGGCCUCCCAGAGUGGCUUGCCUCCGAAAGUCAUCAAACACUGGUUCCGCAAUACACUGUUCAAAGAGCGACAGAGAAACAAAGACAGUCCAUACAACUUCAACAAUCCACCCAGUACCACCCUGAAUCUGGAGGAGUACGAAAAGACCGGAGAAGCCAAAGUCACGUCACUCGGCAACAUCUCGAGCAACAAGAGCAUGGACGAGAAGAACGAGGAAAAGAUCAGCAACGACGCGGCCUCGCAGCUCAUGGCCGCCCAGAGCCAGAUGAUCCAGCAGGAGUUGAGCAAGCAAAUGUUCAUGGGCCAGAAUCUGAUGCAGCAGAUGCAGGAGGACGCCCGCCACUCGGGCGAGAGCUCCGGCGAGCAGCAGUCACGGCCGCAGUCGCCCGCGUCCAUAUUCACCUCGCCGAAUCAGGACGCGCCGUCAGCGGCGACGCUCGGCUCGAUGAACAUGGACGCCUCGUCCAUGCUGCCGCCCAAGUCGACCUCGCAGAAUUCCGUGCAGAGCUUUCAGUCCAUCGCUAAUCUGUCCGUGACGUCGUCGGGCAGCAUGCAGAACCAGCAGUGCAACAGUCCGACAAGAUUGUCCGAUUACUCGAUGAGCGGCAACGGUAGCAACUCCAACAACGCGAACUCCUCGAAUUCGGGGAAGCGAGCCAACAGGACCAGAUUCACCGACUAUCAGAUCAAGGUACUUCAAGAAUUUUUCGAGAAUAACGCCUAUCCAAAGGACGACGAUCUCGAGUAUCUGAGCAAAUUGCUGGGCUUGAGCCCGCGAGUCAUCGUCGUCUGGUUUCAGAAUGCUCGUCAGAAGGCGCGCAAGGUGUACGAGAAUCAGCCGCUGGCCGAGCCCGUGGUGACAGGCGGCCGCGGCGAGGCCGAGGACAACACCGGCCGCUUUCAGCGCACCCCGGGCCUGAAUUAUCAGUGCAAAAAGUGUCUGCUGGUCUUCCAGCGUUACUACGAGCUCAUUCGCCAUCAGAAGACGCACUGCUUCAAGGAGGAGGACGCGAAGCGCAGCGCCCAGGCGCAGGCGGCGGCCGCGCAGAUCGCCGCCGUGCUGAGCUCCGAGGACAGCAACAGCAGCUCCAACACGACGAGUAACACGCUACUAUCGGUGUCCAUGAACACGUCCACCAUGUCCGAGUCGUCCGUGAAUCCUAAUCAAAUUUCCAUGUCACAGCAUAAUACCUCGCAGCCGCCCAAUCUCAAUCUCCCCUGCAUGCAAUCCGAUAUGAAAAGCGAUGACUUUCAGUGCGAAAAGUGUAACCUGGUCUUUAGUCGCUUCGAGCUCUGGCGCGAACAUCAGCUCGUGCACAUCAUGAACCCCACGCUGUUCUCGUCCAAUUACUCGCCCGAGUCGGCCUUCGGCAUAUUACAGCAGCAGGCGUUUAAGGGCACCGGCAGCGUGUCGAACGAUCUUCCAAAUCUCCUGCCGACCAUAAUGAAAGACAAAAAACGUUCCUACGAUGAUUUCGAGGACAUGCAGUCCUCGGACAAGAUGAGCCAGGAGCAGAGCGAGCAGCCGAAGGACAAGCGCUUGCGCACAACUAUACUGCCGGAGCAGUUGGAUUAUCUUUAUCAGAAGUACCAGAUCGAGUCGAAUCCGUCGCGCAAGAUGCUCGAGACGAUAGCCAAGGAGGUGGGCCUGAAAAAGCGCGUCGUGCAGGUCUGGUUUCAGAACACGCGCGCGCGCGAGCGCAAGGGACAGUUUCGUGCCCACAGUCAGGUGAUCAACAAACGAUGCCCCUUCUGUCCAGCCCUGUUUAAGGUCAAGUCGGCCCUCGAGUCCCAUUUGAAUAGCAAGCACGCCGACCACAUGGGCAAAAUCGAGAUCAACAUCGACAACAUUCCCGACGAGGAGUUGUCGCUCGAAUCUUCGCCGUCGAAUUCUAGCACCCCGAACAUCAUGUCACCCCUGUUCACCGGCCAAGCCGAGGUCGAGGCUUCUCUCAAGAAGUAUUACGAGGAGUCGAUGAAGCGUUACAUCAACGAAUUGCAAAUCAACUCGAGCAACAGCAAGAACAAGCAGCCGGAGAGCUCCUCGAAUUUUUUCACCACCGGCAACGAGUCGCCGCUCGAUCUCAGCAAGCCGAUGCUCGGUGGCAAGAUCGAUCUUAGCCAGGGCCUGUUCAACGAGGCCGCGGUCAAUCACUUGCAGGCGAUCAGAUUGAACGCCGAGGCCUGCCAGGCCACGGGCGAGUGCUCGGAGAAGAGCUUGUGCGGCGACGACGACAACAUGAGCGAGAUCACCGACUUCAUCGACGACGACUGCCCCAUCAGUCCGCAGAAUUUCAAGCAGGCCAUCAGCGGCGGUGGCGGUGGCGGCAGCGGUGGCAAUGGUAGCGGCGGAAGCGGUGGCGGUGGCACUGGCAAUAAUGUCGUCAUGUACUCCGGCAACAACAGCAUGUCCCAAGGCAAUAACAAGCGAUACAGAACCCAAAUGACGACAACACAAGUGAAAGUUAUGAAGUCCUUGUUCUCCGACUACAAAACACCGACUAUGUCCGAAUGCGAAGUGCUUGGAAAGGAGAUCGCCCUACCGAAAAGAGUGGUUCAGGUUUGGUUCCAAAAUGCACGUGCAAAAGAGAAGAAAGCCAGAUUGGCCGCAGGAUUAUCAGCCGAUGGUAUUCUCAUACACCGUAGUCUGACUGGCCCAGAAGAGUGUAAACUGUGUUCUAUACAUUAUUCUUCGAAGUUGCCAUUACAAGAGCAUAUAUUUUCUCAUCAGCAUAUUGAAUCGGUGAGACAGGCCGUGAACGACGGCACCCUCAUACCGCCGACACCCGGGGCUCCCAUAACGCGAGAGAAUAAUACCAUUAUGAGUAGUGGUGGCGCGAACAAUACUACGAAUAAUAACUUGCAUGGCGUUCGCCCACAGACUGAAGAAAAUUUCAUGUACGGAUCGUUGUUCCUUCAUCCCACUGCAAUGUUUCAGUCGCAGCAGCAGCCGCAACAGCAACAUACGGGAAACGUCGACUCUAACACUAUCACCACAACCGGUAGAGAGUGCUUAGGCGACCUUUUAGAUUCCUAAACUCAUGCUAUCAUGAUUCAAAAAAAAGAAUAUUUAAUGAAAAAAUUAAAAAAUAAAAAUUAUGUAAGCGAAUUAAGAUAUUAAUUGACAUAAUGGAAAAAAAAUGGAAAAAAAAUUACUAAUAAACGUAGUGAAUUUGAUAAUCAAUUUUUUUGCAAAACACGACAAAAAUAAAGGUGAAAUUUACUAUAUUUGAAAAUCAUGAUAGCGUGAAAAUUAAUUUAUAUGUUGUACUAAUGUAGGUCACUUGUAAACAUAUUUUAAAAAUGGUCCGUGUGAUAAUGGUAAAAGGGCCAUAAGAAACUGCGAUUUAACUACGUAGGUUCAAAAAUAUCUUUAUGUAGCGCGCGAAUAUUAUAUCCAGUGCUAGGCAAUACUGAAAGUUCCUAUUCAAAUGACUAUUAUAAUAUAAGAACUAUUGAAAUUGAUAAAAACGAAGUAGUAAAAGAAUAGUUCAAAAACGAAAAAUACGAUAAAUAAGAAAAGAAAUGUCUGAUUCCUGAAUAUUAAGACGGAUGAAAUGAUUUCAUUUGUAUUAUACAAUGAUAUUUUAUUGAACACAAUGUCCAAAUUAUGUUUUUAUGUACAGUGAAGACUAUAUAUAUUCAUAUUUUUAGUUAUAUCAUUCCUUUAUUUGAUAAUCAAUCAUGUUUAACGAUUCGAUUCUUCGAUUUGAACUUUUUCAAAUUAUGUAUGGAAAAUGAACAAUCUAUAGACUGUAUUUUAAUCAAUUUAUGCAAAUCUCAUCGAUCAAGGCAUACUAGCAUAUUUUUUGUUCAAAUAUUAAGAAUCCAAAAAUAUUGUAAGUAUAAAGAGUAUGUGAUCUUCGUUUUAUACAGUUUUCCUAACGUAACUAUUUAUAAAGAUCACUCUACAUACCUCGCAUGUUCAUGUUUAUAUACUAGGAAAUAUAACUCCGUUUUUAAGUAAUCAUGAGUCAAUUAUUUCUAAUUUUAAUAAAUAAUAUUAUAAAUUAUAAAUGUUGCUUACUAUGACAAUCAUUUGCAUGCAAACAAAAUUUAAAAUUCACGUGGCUUUCCGGUUAUCAAAAUGGAGCUUCCGUGAAAUGCUAGCGCUACCGAUGCACACUCUCAAGAUGGCUGAUCAAUCAAAAUGGUUGAAAAGGAUUGGAAACACUUACUUUG